UGCCCAUUGAAAAAAAAAAAGAGAAAAACGUCACGUCAGUCAGUUCGUCAGUACUUGCAUUUCUAAAUAUCAAAAAUAAAUUGUAUCGAAUGAAACAAAUCUUUGUUUAUUGUAUGGAAGGUUGAUUUAUUCUGUCAUUCGUCUCUUAAAAUGGAUACAUACGAGAGUGUGAUACUCGUAAAAAAUGAAGUUUUUGUUUUUAAAAUACCCCCCAAAACUACAAACAGAGGAUAUAGGGCAGCAGAUUGGAACCUGCAAGAGCCACAAUGGACUGGACGCAUGAGGCUGGUUUCGAAAGGGGAGGAAUUGGUAAUGAAGCUAGAAGAUAAAACAUCUGGCCAGCUUUUUGCUAAAUGCCCUAUCGAUAAAUAUCCGGGGGUGGCUCUCGAAUCUGUGACGGACAGCUCACGUUACUUUGUUGUAAAGAUUCAGGAUGAUAAUGGUCGCAGUGCUUACAUUGGACUGGGCUUUGGUGACAGGUCUGACUCGUUUGACCUCAAUGUGGCCCUUCAAGACCAUUUCAAAUGGCUAAGAAAAGAACAGGAAGGCCCUGCUGCUCCCGCACAGCAACUAGACCUUGGUUUCAAGGAUGGAGAGACAAUUAAGAUUAACAUGAAAAUUACUAAAAAAGACGGUUCAGACACGAAGCCGCGUCGCGGCGUAGGCGCCGGCUUGGGCGGCGGGCUGCUGCCGCCGCCGCCGGGAGGCUCGCGCCUGCCGCCGCCGCCCUCGCCGCAGCACGCGCCCUCGCCCGCCGUGCCCGCUGCUCCCGCCAGCUCGGAGUGGGGCGAUUUCAACUCUGCUAGUGCUCCAAGCCAACAGGCCACGACUCCAGCAAGCCAGCAGAACUGGGUUCAAUUUUGAAUUUGUACAUAGAGUAUUAUUGUGAUUUGAUGUCUGUAAGUGUAGAGUGAACGUGUUCUGCACAAUACUUAUUAAUAUACUUAAUAGUGUAGAAUUGAUAUCUACCUGCCUGUAGGCUUUAAUCAUCAUAUUUUGUUUCAUUAAUAGCCAGAUAAACUUAAAGAAGACGUUAGAUGACAAAUCACAAUAAUAUAUUGCAAUAGUUAUAGAAAUACCGUUAGUAACGUAUGAUUUUUCUGUAUAUGUUGUAACUCUACCAUCGAUGAAGAAUGUAUGUUAAGUCUUCAUUUUAUAUGUGACAUUCCAAGGGUAAAGGUACUUUAUGGUGGUUGACUCUUAUGCUAUUAUUAACAAUGCUCCAAUACUAAUGCGGUGCUAUUACGCGACGUAAGCGCCGAUUACUAUAAGGUACUUUUACCCGCGGAAAGUCACAUAUUGUUUUAUAUGUAUAUGUAAGUUUUAAAUAUAAAUUUGUUAUUAAUAGCUACUAAACGCAUCUAAACUGGUUCUUUUGCCGAAUUUAUUUUAAUUUAUAUUUUAAGUCAGUUGAGACAAAAAAGUAAUGAAACAAAUACAACAUCCACAAAAAUCGAAGUAAUAAUAGAUAAUGAAGAAUAUGCUAUCCUUGAUAAAAAAGGACCUAAAUAGUCUUGUCUUGUUUUUCGGCUUAAAGCAGCGGUCUGCCGUUGUGCCGUACGAACGCGAAUUUUCUCAGGAUUUGCAGGUAUAAGAGUUUCCUUUUCUGUGACAAAUGGUUAAAAAUAUGCACAGAAAAAUAAUCAUCUGCUUUAAACUCCGAAAAAAAAAAUUGCUUCUCAGGAAAUAAAAUGCGUUUGUACGGGACAGCCCGUGGAAUGCUCCUUUCGCUUGCGGCCCGCGAGCCUAUCUGGCUAUUUUGUAUGUAAUAUUGACAAACGACAAACGAUAAAAUCACAAAUAUUAACAAAGUGCGGCCCACUUCAACUUCGUUGACUACUAUGAGGCCUUUGGCCGCUAAAAUGUUGCCGACCGCUGGCUUAAAGUAUAGAAAUUGUUAUAUAACAAAAAAAUUGUUCUAUAUGUGUGCCCGUUACCUUAUUUUAAAAAUAAUAAAAAAAUACUUAAGUUAUAUUACUUUACGUUUUACUGUAAGCACCAUUUGUCGUGCUUUUGGCACUCAUAUCAUAAUAUUUUAAUUAAUUUUUCACCUCAGCAGUACGAACAAGGGUACUUUGCUACUUAAAACAGUAAGCAAAAUCGCAUACGCAAAAUAAAUAACUUUAGUUUUAACAAUCUGUACUAUAGUUGACAAAAAAUAGUAUCCGCAAUUCGGACCGUAUCUUACAGUCUUUGUCUUUGUUUACAAAAAAAGUUGUCUUUUUGAACAGUUUAUUGAUGUUCGUUAUUUCCAUAUUAUUUCACUGAAAUUUCUUUCGUUUAGUUUUUGUGUGUUUAUUGCGGUAAUUAUUGUAAUUAGACUUAACUGUUAAAAUACCUUAAGAAAACAUGAGUGAAUAAGUGAUAAAGAAGGAUUACAUUUUUGAGGUUGUAUUUUUCCUUUUAAUAUGUCUCACUGCUGGGGUGAAAAUCUGUAUGUACAACACGAGAUCAAAGUUAUUUACAUCUCGUGCGCUUUUGAGUCCCUUACUACGCUCAAGAUUCUAAAUUAGAUCUAUUAUGUCUUUCGCUUGCACGGGACUCAAAAUAAGCACGAAAUAUCAAACUUUGCUCUCUUGUUGUAUAAAUAACUAAUCUAAUAGUGUAUUCUGUAUUAUUUUUCGCUUUUGUGAUUAAGUUUCAUUCCAUUAAUAUUUGUAAUUAAAAUCAUUAUAUUUCAUUAUGUAUAUAAGCAGCUUGUUGUUAGCAGCUUGUUAUUGUUGUCGACGACGCCUGACACCUAUAUAAUGGGUUUCUGAAAUUUCUGGAAAAAACUUAAUACGUGUAAGUAGUUAUAUUUUCAACACUGAUUACGUAACAUGGUGUUAAUAUCCAAGUGUUCAUGUGUAAAGUGUUCAUGUAUGUGUUUUUUAACUAAAUGGCAGUACUAAGCCGUGAGGUCCAAUAACACCGAAAAGUUCUAAUAUCGAAUUUACAACAACUAUAAAUCUUUCUUGUAUUAAUCGAGCGUUUGACUUAAUCUGAAUAAAGGCUGCCAAGUUCUUUAAAUAAGGGUUUAUUUACUUACCGCUUGUGUCUCUCGUCGUUAUCUUGGCGAGGGUCACAUAUAUAUUUUUAUACAAAUAAUUUAUUAUUAUUUAUGUUAUAUCUAUCAUGACUCUUGUAAGAGUAAGGGUUACAAUUUCUGUCUACAUAAUAGAACACCUUCCAGCGUUCCCUUGCGUAUCUAAUACGCUGAAAGAAGAAUGUAAAGUCACUACGACCACAGAUGAUUUGUGAACAAGCACUUAUAUAAUGAAGGACAUCUAAUAUACAAGUUGGCCACACAUUGUUAUACGAAUACUGACCAUACCGUGAAACAACGCAAAAGCAAGAUAUGUUUUUGAUUCAGUACCAUCUAUUUCCAUUAAGGGGAUCCCAUGCCCCAAUGACCUUCGAUCUGAAUUAGUUUUCUAACGUUUUUGGUAGCUUAUCAUAUUAACAGCAACGGCUUUAAGCAAUAUAGUAUCCCAUAUUUACUUCAAAGAUCAUUGUCUACGAGAUAUUUGGCAUUCAAGUUGAACAAUUGUAGGCCAAAAGACUGGUUUUCUGGCCAUUACUUUUGUGUUAAUUUAUAGUUUAAAAUUAAAACCUCUAACCAGUUUUUAGAGACGUCAAAGACGAACCUAAAUAUGUAGAUUUCGUAUAUCUUUCACAGCAAUCGAGAUACGAAAAAAGUGUUUUUUAAACUAUGUUUAAAAAAAUCAUAAAAAAAUAAGUAUUCAUUUCUUUCAAAAUCCGGUAGACAAAAAUUGAGAUGAAUGAUUGAAGAUUGAAGAAUCGAUAGCCUUUUGUCUUAUCUUCUAUGUGUAGUGCAAAAGUAGGAGAUACGAUUCAAAACAUGUCGAAAAUCGAUGAAAACCUUGGGUAGCAAGUUCAAGAUUUCUUGUUGUCGACCGGAGUCUACAUUAAUUAUAGUAAUUUGAAAGCAAUCGCAUUAUUAGCAAUAAUAAGUUACAAUAAUAUCUUAUCACUUGCUAUAGCCGGUCAAACAAGUUUGUCAGUAAAAAAGGCGCUAAAUUCAAAUUUUCUAUGGCACGAUAACCCUUCGCUCCUACAUUUUUCAAAUUUGCCGCUCUUUUCUACUGACGGAAAUUGCUUGACAGUGUAUAACAUCACGACAACCGACAACGAUAUUUAAUGUAGGCGUAAUGUCGACUUAAUAAUUAUCUUAUAGUAUAGGUAGAUACGUUUAAAGAUUGAAUAUUUUUAUCUUGGAAAUAGUUAUAUUAGACUAUUUAGGCUCUACUUUGUUAUCGUAUGUUGUUAAAAUUGCAUAUUGUAGGUGGUUUCAGUGUAAAUAGGUACAAUUAUGAUAUACAUAAAUAAACAGAGGUACCUAUUUUACCUAUUCUAAACUUAUACUGUAAUAUAUGCAUACAGAUUAGAUGAAAUGCAAUAAUCACAUUAUUUUCGCUAUGUGUAUGGUAAUAGAUCUGUAUUCAGAGAUGUACAAAUAUAAUAAACGAGAAUUACCACGA